UACCGACGGCCAUUCUGGACGACAGUCACACUAUGACCAGUGAAACCAGCAGCCUGGUCCAGUCCCACUACAAGCAGAGGGAGUCGGAGCGCGAGGCGCUGCCCUAUCAGACGGGUCAGCUGCAUCCGGCCAUCCGAGUGGCCGACCUGCUGCAGCACAUCACCCAGAUGAAAUGCGCCGAAGGUUACGGCUUCAAGGAGGAGUACGAGAGUUUUUUCGAGGGACAGUCAGCUCCGUGGGAUUCGGCCAAAAAGGAUGAGAACCGCAUGAAGAAUCGCUACGGAAACAUCAUCGCCUACGACCACUCCCGUGUGCGUCUGCAGCCUCAGGACGGAGAGAGCGGCUCUGACUACAUCAACGCCAACUACGUGGACGGCUACCACAGACCCAAUCACUACAUUGCUACCCAAGGUAAGAACUCAAACACCCUCCACUGCAGACAGUACACCCUCCACUGCAGACAGUACACCCUCCACUGCAGACAGUACAACCUCCACUGCAGACAGUACAACCUCCACUGCAGAUAGUACAACCUCCACUGCAGACAGUACAACCUCCA